AUGGUAUAUAAAUGUAUUUCACCUAAAAAUAUGUUGCCAGGUAGUAUUUUAUCAAGUAAAUCUGAUGUAGAGAUUGAUGAUCCAAUAUUUCAAAUACUCCCUUUGGAACAAGUUCAGAAAUUACUUUGUACUGACAAUACAAAUAUAGCAACAAAAAUUCGCUGUCUAUUCUUUGGCCGUUAUUAUAGUAAUGAUGAGGCUGUAAAUAUUAUUAUAAAAUCUUUAGAUUUCUCAAAUAGUAUACUAUUUAGACAUGAAGCUGCUUAUGUUCUUGGACAAAUUGGUAGAAAUAAAGCAGUUUCAAAAUUGACCGAAUUACUUAGUGAUAUAAAUGAAUCUCCUAUUGUGCGUCAUGAGGCAGGUGAAGCAUUAGCAGCAAUUGGUGAUAAUUCAAGUAUUAAAGUAAUUGAAAAAUUCUUGAAUGAUCCAUCUAAUGUAGUUGCUGAGACUUGUUAUCUAGCAUUACAUUCUUUAAAAAAUAAACAGAACAAGUUACUUAAAGAUAGUAGUAAAUUAGAAUCAGAUAUAUCUGUAUCAUCUGAGAAUAAUUUAUUUAAUACAGUAGAUCCAACAUUACCUAUAUCAAUAAGAGAAAAAAGUAAAGUUGAUAUAUUUUCUAAAAUGCUAUUGGAUAUAUCAAUUCCCUUAGAACAACGCUAUGGUGCAUUAUUUGCUUUGAGAAAUAUUUUGGCUAAUUUAACUAAUAUAAAUAAUGUUAAAUAUAUUAAGGAAAAUAAUAUAAAUAAUAAUAAGGAAUUAAUAAAUUUGAUUACUAAUAGUAUUUGUUCAGCUAUGGAAAUGGAUAAUUCUUCAGCUAUAUUUAGACAUGAAUGUGCAUUUGUUUUGGGCCAAUUACAGAUAUUAAGUAGUGCCGAUAGUUUAGCACGCACAAUAAUGAAUGAAAAUGAAGAGUCAAUUGUAAGACAUGAAGCUGCUUUUGCAUUAGGUUCAGUUGGUUCAAAUGAUCCUAGAUAUUGUGACACAUCAAAAUAUAAAGAUAGUAAGGAAGAAGUAUCUAGGAUUAGAAAAUUAGCAAUUGAGACAUUAUCUAAAUAUUUAAAUGAUAAGGAUAUUAUUGUCGUUGAAUCAUGUAUAGUGGGAUUACAAACAAUAAAAGAUGAAACAGGAUCAUUAGAUAUUAUACUUAAUUAA